UGUCAGAGUACCGAUCCAGUGUAUGAUUGAAGUGUUCCCUUAAUUUUUUUGAGCAGUACAGUAUACUUUGUUCAGUAUCCAGUAAGAGUUUUUCCAACACUGAUAGUAGAUGUACACACACAGAGCGAACACAGUUGUUUUAAAAGCAUAUAACUGUUAAGGUUGCAAAGGUGUGAUGAUGUAAGCUUCAUGUAAACGGAAGUGGUGAAAUUAACCUUUUGAAAGCCAACACAAACUGCAUCUAAAACAUUUUUUCCCCUCAUAGGUGAAAGUAUGUGGGUGACGCCUGUAAUUCUAAUCUGUUUGAUAUGCCUUCCUAGAGUCUUCUGUAUAGAAAAUAAAGGCAAGUUAUUCAUCACAGCCUUCCCUGAAAAUGUAGCUUUCUACGAUCCAGUGCCUCACGAGCACAUUCUCUUGCUGACGGCUGUCACUGGCAACACUCAUGUAUCCAUUUGUGUUGCAUCGGUGGAGAAAUUGUCAAAGACUUUGAAAGCUGCAGCCACAGAGAUGGUGACCCUGGAGACACCUGUUGAACUUGACAGAUCCCAGUUCUCCCAGAAUUCAGUGGUCAUUAGAAGCACAAAAGACAUAACUGUUCUGGCUAAAAGUAAACGUAAUGACAUAGAGCAAUUACUAGUGCUCCAACCUGUAAACAGUCUAGGGUCAUUGUACUACAUUCCCACUCUAGGCCUAGGUGAGGGAAGUCAGAAUCUGCUGGGAUAUAAAGAUUUCUAUGGUGCAAGGGGGAAAAUAGUCAUAAUCAACUCAGAGAAGAAGAACACUGUCAAAGUCAAUUUCAAUGGGGAAAAUUCAAAGCAGGAGCUCGAGCCAUUUUGGGUUUUCCAGGUGAAUGUCUCUGACUCUCUGCCUGUCAGCAUCACUGCGCAGCAUGACAUAGUGGUGCUGUUGACCCAUCCCUGCUCAAACACAACAAUCUGCCAAUGCCAGAUGGUGGUGACCCAGUUACGACCUACGAACACCUGGGGGACAACCUUUGUUGUCCCCAGUGCAUUUAAUAACACAGCUGACAGCACACCACAUCUAAUUGUCACAUCUGAUCAGGGUGUCACUUUUAAUAGUACACUUCAGAUUGGUACUGGUACCAACUCUCCAUAUUCUGUCUCCCAUUUAGUUUAUGAUCUGAAAACCCAAUACCUCAAUUCUUCUAAACACUUCUCUGUCACACUCAUCCAACCAGGGCACAUCUCAGAGCUUACACCAGUAUCAAGCUUUUCAGCUUGCUACCUUUUACCUGAAAAAACCUCCAUCAGUAAGGCAUUAGUGAUAGCCCCAACCUUAAACGUGAGUCAGGUGUAUGUUGGGAAAGACCAGAUUAGCUCAGAAGUGGAGUGGAAGACAGUAGAUUCACAACCCUACUCCUGGGCAAUGAUUGACUUACCCAGUGGUGAGCAUCGGGUAAUCUGGCAUCCCUCUACCAAGAUUGGAGUCUAUGUCAAAGAUGGAGAAAACUGGAGUGAAGCAAUCAGCAUAACCACAGAACCAGCCCUACAGGGUUGUUUGUUGGAUCGAGCAAGGUACAGCGUGAUGGAUCAGUCAGGGACCUGGGCUGAGAUGGUCGGCCAUUGCCAGCAAGAGAAUGGUGAGCUACUGAGCAUUAACAACGAAGGCAUCCUGCGAGAGCUGUCCCAAAGCCUGAGCAACCCAAGCAAACAGGAGGAGGUCUGGGUGGGCCUUCGCCGCCGCCUGCUCAACGGAGAGUGGUACUGGUUGAAUAAGCAGCCCAUGAACAUCACCAAGUGGUUCCAGGGGCAGCCAGGCAGCUCCGAGGACAAAUUCUGCGCAUCAAUGUCCCUGAGCUCUGACAACAAUGAGAAUUUCCGCUGGAUGAGCCGCAGCUGCUGCCACGUCCUGAAGCCUGUCUGUUACAAACACAACGUCUACUUCCCUUUGGCAGCACCCACAUAGGGAAGUAUCUGAGGGAAAACUCCAGUCAUACCCUACUGUUAAAGUGAAGGUUGACUGUUGACUAGGCAAAGGCUACACAUCAGUCUUUCUACUCAAGGCCCUUAAUACUUUGUGUUGUUAUAGUGUAGUUAUCGACUUAAUAUCUUGAAAGUAGUAAAGUUAAAGUUAAAGAUGAUAGUAAGAGUAAAUCAGUAUAAAAGCAUUAGUGUUAUGUUGAAAGUAGUAAAAGCACAGGAGGCCGUCGUAUAACUAUAACCCCUUUAUAUAUUAUUCAACUCCACAUCCAAACUCAUACAUCUUCUUUCUCUUCACCAGCUACCACAUUAGGUAACAUUACACUGACACCUAGUGGUGUAGAUUCAAGCGCUUACACAACAAUUCCUUAGGUCCUUAGGUGUUUAAUUUCAACCAUUUAUUUAAUAUGUUAUUGGUGUUCAUUUGCCAUCGUAGUUGUACUAUUUACAUGUGAUACACAGAUAAAAAGG